AUGGCAUCAUCCCUUCCCCAAAAUACGACCACAUCGGAGACGGAGUCGGAGCCGUCUACCACCACUACUGACCCCGCUGAAUUGGAAAGAAUACGACGCAUAUUUCUGACGCAUGCUAUGCGCAGCGAUAAAAAAAUUAGCACUGCCCAACUGGGCGACUGUCUUCGUGUGGUGGGCAUCAAUCCAAGUGAGGCAUGUGUACGCCAACAUCAGCAACAAUUGCGGGAUGGAGCCAUCGGACGCAUCUCAUUCGAUGAAUUCAUGUCCGUCUAUGAGAAGAUCAGCAAGGAGAUGCAGAACAAUCCAUGCAACCUAACACAACAGGCUGAAGAGUUCAUAUCCGCUUUGCGACUAUUCGAUGAGAAGGGCACUGGACAUAUGCCGGCUGCCAGGCUGCGGCAUAUACUCACCCAAUGCGGCGAUUGCAUGAGUCCAACAGAUAUGGAUGAAUUGCUAAAGAAUCGGGUGAAUGCACAAGGCUUGGUGAACUAUAUCGAAUUUGUUCAUGCCAUUAUGAAUGGAUAG